GUCUUCCCCGUCAUCACCUAACUGCCGUGUGAAGCUGAUCACAUCGAAGCAGACAGGCAGUGGCUUUGAAUUUUCAUCUACCUACCUAUAAUACCAACCCCCUCCCAAGGUUCGAGGAAAUCGGAUUGUAAAAAAAAAAUAACAGAUUCUUUUCCAUCAUCUUCUCCUUGGCUCAUACCUGGGCGUGUGACCCACUGGUUAUUCCUUGUUGUUUUGGUUCAUGUGGUGAUAGCCUCAUUUCUCUGUUGAAGUUGACGAUAAUCAAUCGCAACCAUGUCGAUACGGAUCGCCCUCGAAAACCCUCCCGAGUUCUACACAAACCUGGAUAUUAUCCGCGGCCAGGUCGUCCUCACUCUCAGUCGUCCCGAACAGAUCGGAGGCAUCAUCGUCAAACUCGAGGGUGAAGCCAAGUCGGCCUUGGGAGUACCCGCCGAUGGCUCAGGGACCGGCAUUGCUCAGAGGGAGCGCACUCCAACCGGCGAUGUUAUCUACGAGAACCACAAGAUCCUAUACAAAGUCACCCAGGCCUUUCCCGACGAGAAGACCAACGCCUUGCCACAGCCCUAUGUCCUAGCCGCUGGUCAACACAGAUUCCCCUUCCAGUUCAAGUUUCCCUUCAACAAUGCUUGUGGUGAUCCUGUCGCCAUGGCCAAACUAGGAGGCCUUUCUGGUGCCGGUGGAAUCGCGUCGGGUUCUGGCUUGUUCGGUCUCGGUGGCAUUCGUGUUAUGGACGGCACCAAGCAGCUGAUGUACUCCCAUGUCACAAAGACGCUCCCACCCAGUUUCACCGGAUUCCCAGGCCAGUGCGAGAUUCGAUACUAUGUCAAGGUUACCAUUCAGAGACCGGGCUUUUUCAAGGAGAACUGGAGGAUGCAGACCGGCUUGAAAUUCCUUCCUAUUGAGCCUCCAAGGCCGCCCAAGACGAACCACGAAGCCUAUGCCAGACGACCCUUUGCAUUCCGUCCACGAAGCCCAAGGACAAACGCGUCUUCCAAGAAACGAGCUUCUUUCUUCAGCGGGUGGACUGGGAGUAGCAAUGCAGGGUCAUCUUCAGCCCCAACAACAACAACAACAACGGCUGAUGGAAAACUUGCAACGGAGCCCGAAGUGCCUCCGUCGAUAGAGAUGUCGGCUCGACUUCCACACCCUGCCAUCAUCACUUGCAACCAACCGAUCCCACUUCGUCUCAUUGCAAAGAAGCUUGCGGGAUCGGACGCAGAGAUCUUCCUAACAGCCAUCCAGAUCGACCUGAUUGGCCAGACCGAGGUCAGAUGUCACGACCUCAUCAACACAGAGACUAGUCGCUGGGUGAUUGUAUCACGACAGGGACUCAGCAUUCCUGUUUCGAGACUCGGAGACCCUGCAGGGACAGAGGUUGUCCUGCCCAACGACAUCUGGUGCAACCAACCUUUACCAAACACCGUCAUGCCGAGUUUUGUCACAUGUAACCUCAGCCGUGAAUACCAACUCGAAGUCAAACUCGGUCUCUCCUGGGGCAAACCCGUCGCCUCUAUCUCCCACGCCACCACCGCCUCUUCCAUUUUCGGCCGCAACAAGAACGAAGGCACCGAUCUCCCCCAAGAAAUCCACCUCCCACUGCACUUUUCUUCCGUAGAAGUCUACUCCGGCAUCGCCCCGCCCGCCGCCCUCAUCGAGGCCAUGAAGCAAGGCAAGAACAAACGUACUCAGUCUCAGCGUCCACCAUCGCAACCAGCGCGUCCCACCACCUCCUCCUCCUCCGCCGAAACCGGUCCUUCAACAGCGCCACAGCAACAGCCGCCAGCUCUUCCCCCACGAACCAACACCGCUCAGCCACCUACUGCUGCAGGGACGGCUGCGGGAGUGGUGGUACCGCCGCCCGCAGACCCCUUGUACCCACCGCAACUGGCGCCAGGGGAGAUGGAGCCGCCGUAUGACGACGCGCCGCCCAGCUACGACGAGGCAAUGGCGGAGAUUAUGAGUGGGCCGGUGAUUCCCGAUGGGGUGCCCAGGCCGGCGUACAGUGGGGUGACGAAUGAAAAUGAGCCGAGUACGUUGCCUGCUGGUGGGAAUGAGAAGAGUUAGUGAUGGGACGGGGGUAGAUGAUCGGGUGUGAUUUUACUAGAAGUGAGGGAGAGAUAUGACAGGGGGUGAGAGGGGAUGGAUGCGAGAGGAUGAGGGCUAGAGGGUGGCCAGGAAGAAAGGUUGACGGUAAGGGAAAGAGGAGGGUGAAAAUGGGAGGGUUUGUUUUUUAUUUAUUUUGGUUUCAUGAUAUCCAACUUUUUGUAAUGGGCUUAGAGCGGUGAAUAUACGCAUCGCGACUGCUUUAUAAGAGUGUACAUAUAGACAUAUGACACGUAAUAUGAUUUUGUAGCAUAUCA